GGAAAUAAUUUUCGUAUUUUUCAUAGAUAAUAAAAAUACGGUUUACGAGCGACACUCGAAUUACAAGUGAAACUGAAAAUGAUGUUUAUGUAGAAAAGGAAUUGAAAUCAUGAUCGUAUAAUCUUUCAAGGUGAAAUUUACUAUGCAUUAUGUUAUCAGUCGACAUAAAUAUUGUAAGAAAUAUUGUUGAAACGUUAGUAAGGCCAGACUUUUUAACAGAAUGGAUCCAAAAUUAGUGCACACCAAGGAAAAUCCGAAAGAAAAUGCGAAUCUAGUAAACAAAUUGUUUUUCUGGUGGACGAAAGAAUUAUUUUGGAAAGGAUUUCACAAACAGUUGACGUUAUCGGAUCUCUAUCGUCCAUUAAGAGUAGAUGAAUCUGAAAGACUUGGCAAUCGUCUUGAAGGGUACUGGAAAGAAGAAGUGAAGAAACUGAAGAAACAGAAUAAUAAGAAGAAAAAUGAACCUCGCUUGGAAAAAGCUCUGUUUCGUGCCUUUUGGUCGGAGCACCUUUACAUGGGUCUGUUAAUGUUUUUUCAGUACGGGGUCCUCACUGUAUUGCAUCCACUUCUUCAGUCUUUGAUCAUUAGUUACUUCAAAGUUGAGAACGAGAUAAAAAAGACCACCGAAUCAGACGCUUUAAUUUAUGCAGGUUGCUUGGUAGUGUGUAUAACAGUAAUCGUCUUCGUCCAGCAUCAUAGCGACAUGAUGGCAUUACAAAUAGGCAUGAAACUUCGCGUCGCAUGCUCCUCGUUGAUUUACAGAAAAGUAUUAAGACUCAGUAAAGGAUCCUUGAUUCAGACUACCCCGGGUCAAAUUGUGAAUUUUCUUAGUAACGAUGUUAGCCGUUUCGAUGAACUCAGUUUUUAUUUAAAUUUUAUUUGGAUCACGCCACUUCAAAUCAUUAUUAUCGCCGCAAUAAUAUGGCAAAAGAUUGGAAUCUUGACUGUUGUCACAAUCAGCUCUUUAAUGUUAAUAAUACUUCCAAUUCAUUCUAUCUUCAUCAAGCUUUCAGGCAAGAUGCGACAAAUGAUAGCUCUUCUGACAGAUAAGAGGAUACAAUUGAUGAAUGAACUAAUAACUGGUAUACAGGUGGUGAAGAUGUACGCCUGGGAGGAACCAUUUGCGAAGACCGUGGCAAAUAUAAGAGCUGCCGAGAUUAAGAAAAUCAAGUUUACCUCAUACGUUCGAGCUAUGUAUUAUGGCUUCUCGCUGUUCACCACUCGUACCGUACUUUUUUUUACUCUUCUAUCGUUUAUCUUGACGGGAAACGAUUUAAGCGCGGAGAUAACGUACAUGUUGUCUACCUAUUUUGAGAUUUUUCAGCUCUCAGCUGCGCAUUUCUUUCCAAAUGCACUUAUACUGGCAACCGAAACUAUGAUAUCCAUCAAAAGAUUAGAGAAAUUUCUACUAUUAGAGGAGCAAUCAAACGAGAAAAGUUCAUCGUUUCUCGAUACUGAACAGAACAGCUUGUUAAAGUUUAAACAAGUAAAAUUAAGAAAAGAGAAAGAGAAAGAGAAAGAGAAAGAGAAAGAGAAAGUGGAAUUUAUCAGAAUGAUCGACGCAAACCGUAACAAAGUGGCAAGUUCAAACGAAAGCAAAGAACACGCAGCUGUCUCCAUAGUGUUGGAACGUGUUUCAGCAAAUUGGAUUGCAAAACAAUUGCCACCGUCUAUAUGCAACGUUUCGAUCAAGAUUCAGAGUGGGCAAUUGUGCGCGCUGGUAGGUCCAGUGGGUUCAGGUAAAUCGUCUCUUCUUUAUUUACUUUUGAACGAACUUACUGUCGGAGCUGGAAGUUUGAAAAUGCACUGUAAACCGAAAUUCGAAGAGAAUAACCAAGAUUACAUCGUCGACACUUCAAAUUUAAGAAUCUCUUACGCUAGUCAAGAACCAUGGCUAUUUUCUGGAACUAUCAGGGAAAAUAUCCUCUUUGGGCAACCUUAUGACAAAGCUAGAUACAUUGCUGUGACAAAGGCUUGCGCUUUGACCAGGGACUUUAAACAGUUUCCUCGGGGUGACACGAGUAACGUUGGCGAAGGAGGUAGCUCGUUAUCCGGUGGACAAAGGGCACGAGUGAAUCUGGCACGUGCCGUUUAUAAACGAGCCGAUCUUUACUUAUUCGAUGAUCCUUUAAGCGCAGUGGAUGCACGCGUAGCGAAACAUCUUUUUCAUAAAUGCAUCGAAAAGUACCUUGACGGUAAAACGAGGAUUUUGGUUACUCAUCAACUGCAAUUUGUCAAACAGGCUGAUAUUAUCGUGGUAUUAGAUAAAGGUUCCGUAAAAAUGCAAGGGUCAUACGAGGAAUUGUCAAAAUCAAACCAAGACUUUAACGAGUUGAUGAAUCGUAUCACAUUGGAAACGAAGAAACAACAAAUUGAAAAUUCGGAUGCUGCGGUGAAAGGACCGAGUAAUAAAAUAACUUGCAGAGUUUCUGUAACGUCGAAUGCCAGCAGCGUGGUUUCCUAUGACUACGAAGAUGAACGAUUCGAAGCAAAAGGAGAAUCAGAGGCAAUAGCAAGCGGUUACGUUGCCAAUAAAGUCUACAAAGAAUACUUUCAUCACGGUGGCUCUUAUUAUACGUUGUUCGGGUUGCUUUUCAUUAUCAUCGUGUCCGAAACAGCUACCGGUGGCAACGAUUACUGGGUCUCUUAUUGGACAAACCUGGAAACUGUGAGAAGACUGGUGACGAACAAAACAGAUUCAGUGAACAACCUUGGAUACGAUUAUAUGUUUAACAAUACAUUCUUAUCUAGUAUGUUCACCUUGGAUGACAAUGGACUCUUACCCACCGACGGUGCUAUCUAUCUAUAUAUAUUUUGCAUCAUUUCUUGCAUCGUAACCGUAUUAGUACGAAAUCUGUUCUUUAUGAAAAUCUGCACCGAUGCUGGCAAGAAUCUCCACAACUCUAUGUUUUCCAAUGUACUCGGAGCAAUGAUGUCCUUUUUCCAUAACAAUACAUCUGGUAGAAUCUUGAAUAGAUUUUCAAAGGACGUGGGCGCGAUGGAUGAGUUACUACCAAAGACCAUGUUGGAGACCCUUCAAAUAUUAAUCGUGAUAUUCGGUGUCCUCUUGAUGAUACUUGUAGUCAAUUAUUGGAUGAUCAUUCCAUUGGUUAUAUUAUUUCUCCUAUUUUAUCAUUUGAGAUUGCUGUACCUGAAAACUGCACAGAAUGUGAAACGUCUCGAAGCUGUAGCAAAGAGUCCAAUGUUCUCUCACGUAAACGCUACGCUAACCGGUUUAACGACCAUCAGAACCAGUGGAUCAGACAUCGUAGAUCUUUUGCGAAAGCAGUUUGAUGAUUUACAAGAUGUACACACAGGUGUAUGGUACAUGACGCUCGCAGUUUCUGCAGUUUUUGGUCUGUUACUCGACUUGGCCGCCUGUUUUUUCAUUGGAUGCGUCUGCUUUUCCUUCAUCCUGUUAAACACAGGUGAUACUUUGGGAGGCGACGUUGGUCUAGCGAUAUCGCAGUCUAUGAUUUUGAUUGGCCUGUUGCAGUAUGGCGUGAAACAAAGUAGCAAUAUGAUCUUACAAAUUACCGCGGUGGAAAGAAUUUUACAGUACACUGAUUUACCGAAAGAACCUUCUUGGAAGAGCGAUGAUCCUCCGCCAGCUGACUGGCCAAACCAUGGAAAAGUGGUUUUAAGGAAUAUCACCUUGAAAUACGACAAAAAUUCAACUCCUGUUUUGAAGAAUCUGAAUGUAACCAUAGAGGCUGGAUGGAAAGUAGGCGUGGUGGGGCGAACAGGCGCAGGAAAAUCUUCUCUAAUAUCGGCGUUGUUCCGUUUGUUCGACGAAGGCUUGGAAGGAGAGAUCAAGAUCGACGAAAGAGACACCAAGACGCUGGGUCUGCACGAACUACGUUCGCGGCUAUCUAUCAUCCCUCAGCAACCCUUUUUAUUCUCUGACAGCUUGCGUUACAAUUUGGACCCGUUUCAUUCGUACGAUGACACCUUACUGUGGGAGAGCCUUCGACAGGUUGAGUUGAACGAUCAUCUUUUGGAUCAGAAGGUAACGCAGAGUGGAAGCAAUUUGAGCACCGGUCAGAGGCAAUUGAUUUGCUUAGCUAGGGCGAUUCUGAGGAAUAAUCGGAUCCUGGUAUUGGACGAAGCUACUGCCAAUAUCGACUCUCGCACGGACGCUCUCAUUCAAAACACCAUACGCACGAGGUUCGCAAAUUGCACAGUGAUCACGGUUGCCCAUCGUUUACUUACAAUCAUCGACAGCGACAGGAUCAUAGUGAUGGAUGAUGGUCGUAUAGCGGAAUUUGGCUGCGCUCACGAGUUGCUGCGCGACAAACCUACAGGAAUCUUCUCGCAGAUGGUGAACAAUACAAAUGCGACGAUGGCACAAACUCUUCGGUCUGAAGCGGAAAAGGUUUAUUUGAAAAUCACCGGGCAGUCGUCCCGUCGAACCUCCGGUGAAACAGAUACAACAGAUACGUCAGAUACUAUUAUGCAAAGCGAACUUUAAAAAAUUAUCGAAAACAGUUUGAAAGAUUUAGAAUUUAGAAAGACAAGGAUCAAAAUAAUGGAUUUUUAUUCUUCGGAAUAUGUAUACAUAUAUAUCCUUAAGAAGAAAGAGAUAUACAUAUUACGUUUCUUCUUCUUCGAAAAAAAAUGAAAAAUUGCAAAUUACCGAGAACAUGGAAUGUUUGCAAAAAAAUAAAUGAAUAAAGCGGACAUGUUAUCGUAUCGUAUCAUUUAUUAUAAUAUUCCAUUUUUCGAAGCACUCAUUUUAAGUAAAUUUUAACAAGUACCUACUUAUGUAAGUAGCAAGUAGGUAGUAAACGGAAACACGUUUGUGGAAGAUGUUUGAUAAUUAUUUUUUCUAAUGUUUGCUUUGGCAACUAUCUCUACAAUGUUUAAAAUGUAUCGAAAUAAUCGAUCAACUUUCUCGUUCAUUAUUUCUAAACAAGAGGAGUGACUUUGUGUCACAAACUCACUCCUCUUAAAUCGUAAAAGGCAAUCAAAUCUGCACUCUAUUUUAACUCUCCAUAGCGCAGAUCAAUGUUCGUUCCUUUAUACCAUACACUACACACUUGUAUAAAUACAUCAUUAUCUUGGGUCUUUGAAACUUAAAAUAAUACUCGCACUAUUAUAUUAUAAAGUAAUGCAAACACCUGGUGGUAUAUCCUAUUGAAAACCUAAUGCUUUUUAUGUUAAAUGAGAAAUAAGAAAAGAAAGAGUUUCAAUGUCUGUUGGGUUCAUCAGUUCUUCUAGUACAUAGAAGAGGAGCAGCGCCGUCGCCUAAGGAGGAAGACCAGCCACCCUUUCCCCCGCAACAACAGCGGUGGUCCCGUCCCGUUGAUCUCCUCCGGGACGUGUUCAUCAGAGCUCUUCCACCGCAGAGGAUCUAGGACCACCCUGAUAUGGUGUGGUGUCCAUGAGGAUUUCCCUUACGUAAAAAAAGAAAGGUUUACCAAUGCAUUAUUCAGCUACGAGUCGACAUCCUUGCAGGGGAUUGUAACUGAGGUAAUUCUGAGUAAUCACUUGAAUCAAAAACUAAGCUUUAACGAGCAUUUUGUUAAAGGAAAAAGUUGUUGAACCACUUUCUCAAAGGAUGCCCAUCCGUAGCCCAACACCCUGGUACAUGUAGGUACAUACAAUACAAUACAAUACAAUACAAUUUCAAUUCUUUUCUUGCGUCGCUAAUAAUAAAUCCUAAGAGAAGUAUAGUUUGCUCUCCAAAAAAUGUACCUCUUUCUCGAUACUCUACAAUAUGAUGUACUUGUGUAUAUCGUGUAAGUACAUACAUAUCUCGAUUAGAAUGGUUUAGUUAGUAUAAAUCUUCCUCCGCAAAGAUUCUUUGAAUAUUCGUCGCUAGUUAUAGUUGAGCUACAUAAUAUUAUACAUAUAUGGUCUGGAUUAAAAAUAUUCUGAACGUGACAAUCGAAAGUAGGUAACACACAGCCUAAAAGAAACGUGAAUCUGCCACGUUAUUUACAAUACAAUACAGAUAGAUUAGAACGAAAUAGAUUACAUACAUACAAUAGAAAGUUCCUACGCGUUUAGUAAUUGAUUAGAAUUGAAAAUAUUGAAAACAUAUCAUGAAUCAUCAGAUGAAAAAAUGUGAUACAUGAAAAUGUACUCUUUCAUACCGAAUCUAUCUCGCAACAAUGCUCUUCACUUUGCUUUUCCUCUUUGCUUUUCUAUACCCAGUCAGUCACACUCGUGGCAUAACUUUUUACUAGAAGCGUUCCAGGCCAAACUAAAAUACACAGUAGUUUAAACAU